GCGCCGUAGCUUGCAUCGCGUGUGAAAUUCUGAGAAUUUUUUAUGCAGCGAAUGAAGACUUGAUGGUGAAGCAGGAGCCUAGUGAGAUAGUUUUCCCUCUAAUCAAGGAGGAGUCGGAGAACGAACUGCCGGCAGAUGGAGACGUCUGUGUGAAGCAGGAGCCGAGCGAGCUGGGUUUCCCGCCAAUCAAGGAGGAGUUGGAUGAACCACCGGCAGAUGGAGACGUCUGUGUGAAGCAGGAGCCGAGCGAGCUGGGUUUCCCGCCAAUCAAGGAGGAGUUGGAUGAACCACCGGCAGAUGGAGACGUCUGUGUGAAGCAGGAGCCGAGCGAGCUGGAGGAGUUGGAUGAACCACCGGCAGAUGGAGACGUCUGUGCGAAGCAGGAGCCGAGCGAGCUGGGUUUCCCGCCAAUCAAGGAGGAGUUGGAUGAACCAUCGUCAGGUGCUGGGGUGACAUGGCUGGUGGUUGUGUUGCAGUGUGAAGACAGCUGGCAGCCAGAACCCUGCAGUUCCUCUGCCAGCCAGGACUACACUCUGUGCAAGCAACAAGUGAAGGAGGAGAUAACUAUAGAAGAGCACCCUAUAGCAGCAGCUGUUGCUGUUGCUGUCGCUGUCCAAAUCCAUAAUUUUUACUCCGGUUGCUCAGUUCCGGACUGUAGAGUUUAUCCAGGAAAAAAUGUUUCAAUGCAUCGUUUUCCUAAGGACGCGAAGUUGAGAAGACGAUGGGCGCAUGUUUUAAGAAUAGGCAAACCAGUAACCAACUAUAUGUAUGUAUGUCAACAUCAUUUUACGAAAGAGGAUAUCUUUUAUAGAGCAACAGGGAAGGAUAGAAUACUGAUGGCCUCAGGAAACAAUAGUGUGUGCUCAUUCCAAAAUUCUGCCCCCGAAAUGAACGAUCAGCAAGUAAUAUGUACUCGGAGGCAAAAUUUAACAGAAAUACAGCCAACUCUGAAAAAAAAUUCAAAAGACGUUUCCAGAGGAUGGAGAAAAAAAGAGCUCCAUCAACGAAGACUGCUGAAUACCAUUGCCCCGAAGGCAGCGAAUGAAGACUUGAUGGUGAAGAAGGAGCCCAGUGAGAUAGUUUUCCCUCUAAUCAAGGAGGAGUUGGUGAAUGAACUGCCGGCAGAUGGAGACGUCUGUGUGAAGCAGGAGCCGAGCGAGCUGGGUUUCCCGCCAAUCAAGGAGGAGUUGGAUGAACCACCGGCAGAUGCAGACCUCUGUGUGAAGCAGGAGCCGAGCGAGCUGGGUUUCCCGCCAAUCAAGGAGGAGUUGGAUGAACCACCGGCAGAUGGAGACGUCUGUGUGAAGCAGGAGCCGAGCGAGCUGGGUUUCCCGCCAAUCAAGGAGGAGUUGGAUGAACCAUGUGAAGACAGCUGGCAGCCAGAACCCGGCAGUUCCUCUGCCAGCCAGGACUACACUCUGUGCAAGCAACAAGUGAAGGAGGAGAUAACUAUAGAAGAGCACCCUAUAGCUGCAGAUUUUGCAAUCAAGACACAAGCUAGCUGAUGGGCACUAUGUUGCCCACACUGCGAGGGGCAAAGCCCCUAGUUUCACCACGGAGCGACCCAGAAAUGCCAGCAGAUGGUUUAGCCAGGCACGUGGCCGGGCUGUUGUCACACACAGAAAUGUGCGUGGUUUGCACAACAACCUCCUGCGUUUGUGGCGACCCUCACCCACCACGUACCAAGAAACAUAG